AUGUCAAUUCCAGACGAAAAAUUACGUAAGCUACAAAAUAGAUUAGUCGAAGAUGUUCGAAAGCUUGAUUCAGUAAAAACUCAAAUACAAAUGAAGGAACGAGAUAAACGUUUAGCUGAACUGACCAAACGGGAGUUAUCAGCUUUAGACAAGGAUACUAGAACUUAUAAAUCUGUCGGUAAAGCGUAG